UAGGUAAGCAAAUUUACCUAGGUUACUUUUGAAACUUUUUAUCUACAUCUUCCAAACCACAACAAGGUAAGGUUCACAUUUUAACUAACUCCUAAUGAAUGUUUUUAUCAUAUAUUCAUCUCUUUGAUUUAUUUUACAAACUCUCCCUUGUUAACCACUUGCCAUAUGAUUGUUCCUAAAUAUUUCAGAGAAAAAUGAGACAAAAAAGGGUUUGUCCAGAAACAGAAGCUUUGAAUUUCAUUUCUUCUGGGAGGGAUAAAGACACAUUUUACAAAAGAUAUAUCAACAAGGAGAAAGGGUAUGGAGUUUUUACCAGCAAAAACAUUGAGCCAGGAGAAUUCUUGCUUGAGUACAGUGGAAAACACAUCACUGGCUCAGAAGGAGAGGCUCUGUUCAAGAAGUACUCAGAUGCAAAUGCAGCAUUUUUGUAUUUCUACUCCUUUCAGGGAAAGACUUGCUGUGUUGAUGGCAGUAAGAAUACUCAACUUGGAAGAUUCAUCAAUGAUGAUCACAUCAACCCAAAUAGCAAGAUUAAAAUAGUAAUGGAUGAAAAGAAAAGUCCUCAUCUGUGUGUGUUUGCAACUACUAAAAUAAAUGCAGGAGAAGAAAUUGUGUAUGACUAUGGAGAUCCUAACUGUCCAUGGAGACAUACUACCAAAGCUCCCUCCUCCAAUGUACACAUGGAAAAGAAGAUCAGAUCAGAGCGGAAAAAUGUUCCAGCAGAACAACAGCAAGCAGAAGAAAACCAAGGAGAAGAUAUGCAUACAGACCAACUCCAUUCAUCACAUAGCAGUCCACAAAUACCAGAAAAGAUGGACAUCUCACAGAGUGAUGUAUGCGUUUACCCAGAAAUGACUGACACUCACCUGAGUCACAUUCCAGAGGAAUUAUGCAGUGGUGAAAUGACCCAGUCAGAGCAGAAAAAUGUUCCAGGAGAACAACCAGAACAACACCAGGCAGAAAAAAACCAAGGACAAGAUACACAUACAGACAUACUCUGUUCAUCAUAUUCCAGUCCACAAACAACAGAUGAUACGGUUAACUUGGAGAGUAUACUCAGCAUUCACCCGGAAAUGACUGGCACUCACCUGAGAGAUUCAUCAAGUCCAACUAAAGAAGAAUUAACCUUGGAUGAAAUGGCUGAGCCGGAAAAUCUCAAUUUCAUGGAACUGUCAGAUGAAGAACAACAAGCAGAAGUACCAAUCAAAGUAGUGAACCAAAGAAAAGCAGUUUCAAAUACUACAGAGAUUAUGGCUCUAAAUACACAUCACAGUAACCCUCGUUAUCAUAAUGUUGAAGUGAAAAUGUCCUCAAACACACCACAACAGCGGAUAUAUGACAAGAAGAACUACUGCCUUUACUGUGAGAAACCUUAUGUAAAAAUUACAAGACAUCUAAAGCAGAAGCAUUCUGAUAAAGUUGACGUUGCUAAAGCACUUGCACACAGCCAAGGAUCAACCAUGCGCAAUCUUCUCCUGACAAAAGUAAGAAACAUGGGAAACUACCAUCAUAAUUGCACUGUUCUGUCUUCUGGAAAAGGACAGCUUACCUGUGGAGACAUCAAAAGCAUUGCAAGCUACAAGUGA